GCGCUGGAGCUGCUGAUGCAGGAGUCCGGGGAGGGCGUGCGGCAGGCGCCGCCGCCGCGGGGGUGCGCCCGGGCGCGGGGCGGCGCCGGGGCAGAGCGCCGGCCGCUGACGCAGCUCUCGGCCAGGGCCAGGGAGGCUGCGGCGGCGGCCCUCGGCGGGCCCGGCGGGGUGCGGGCGGCCGCAGUGGAGCGCAGUGUCAGGCGGGGGCGCAUUGCUUUGAAGUUCAACUACUGGGAGGGCCACGAGGACGACGCUCGGCUGGCCAGACUUUCGCCCGCGUACGGCCGCCUGAAGGGGUAUCAGAAGGUCGGCGUGCGGUGGCUCUUGGCGCAGGCGCAGGGCGGGUUUGGCAGCAUCCUCGCGGAUGAGAUGGGGCUGGGCAAGACAGCGCAGACGCUGACUUUCCUGGACCUCUGGCAAUCUGUCGGGCGUGAUGGGCGCUCGACUGGGGAUCAGGUGCCCUCGGAGCCGCCCGAGCCGGACGUCCAGAGGCCAGUGAGGCCUUCGCUCGUCCUGAUCCCAGCCUCUGUGAUAAACACCUGGGAAACCGAGGCUCAGAAGUGGUGCCCCCAUCUGACGGCGUUCACAUAUCAUGCUGGCUCGGCUCGAGAGAGGUGCGAACUGGCGGAUAAGUACUUCGCCGAACACGACGGCAGGUGUGCGCUGAUCCUCACUACGGCUGGAGUUCUUCACUGCAGGGACGAUCGGGCGUUCUUCUUCGGCAGGCUGCACUUCGACUUCCUCGUCAUCGAUGAGGCCCACUGCAUGAAGAACUCGGAGUCCGCCCGCUUCCGCGACGUGACCCGGGGCAUCCGUGUCGAUCGUCGCGUGCUGCUCACGGGCACGCCCGUGCAGAACUCCCUGCGCGAGCUCGCCAACCUCCUGACCAUCGUGCUGGCCGCCCCAGGGGAGCAGCGCGGUCAGGGCCGGCGCACGUCCGCGGUCGUGGAGGAGCUGGGGCGGGUGGUGGAGACGGGCUCGCUGCGCGCGCUCCAGACCCGCGCUGCGCCCCUCAUCCUGCGGCGCCUCAAGAGGAACGUAAUGUCCGACCUGCCGCCGAAGCAGGGCCACACGCUCCGAUGCGCGCUCGACGGCCGGCAGCAGGCGCUGUACGACGCGGAGGUCUCGCGGGCGCGGGCGGCAGCGCAGAGGGGCGGCCGGGACACGCUGAAGGCCAGGCGGGAGUUCGUGCGCACCCUGUUCCACCGGCUGCGGCGCCUGUGCGGCCACCCGCUGCUGAGCCAGACGCGGCUUGACGAGCGGGACUACGGCCGGCUGGUGGACCUGCUGUGCGGGUUGCGGCCCGACUUCCAGAAGGCGCCGCGCGAGCGGGCGCUGGCGCACGUGAAGGGCUGGAGCGACUUCGACGUCGCCGUGGCGGUCAGAGACUACGGGCUCGCGGACCGGCUGGGGCCGGGGUUCGACCGCGCGCGCUUCGAGAUGCCCGCCCGGGCCGAGCUGGUGGAGGGCAGCGCCAAGAUCAAGGAGCUGAUCCGGCUGCUGCGCAAGCAGCGCGAGGCGGGGGCCAAGACGCUGGUGUUCUCCCAGUUCACGGAGUACCUGGACGUCAUCGGCGAGGCGCUGAGCGCCGAGGGCUUCAUGUACGCCAGGCUGGACGGUGGGACCAAGAUCGAGGACCGGCCAGAGGUGAUGCAGAACUUCCAGGCCAAGGGCUCCGGGGUGGACGUCUUCCUGCUCUCCAUGAAGGCCGGCGGCACGGGCCUCAAUCUGACCGCCGCCGACGUGGUCGUGCUGAUGGACGUGUCCUUCAAUCCGCAGGACAACCGCCAGGCC